AUGGCAUGCCGCAAAGCGCCGGGGGAGAAGCGAUGGGAGCUGGUGCGCUGGUACGUCAAGGAAGGCCGCUUUCGGAUCGAGGAGAGAACGCUGACGGCUUUCCAAUGGCUGUACUCCCCGCACCAGCAUCAUAUUGUCAGCCGAGCUGAUCUGGCAUCACCAAGCAGGAUUGACAAAAAAAUGCUCGCCAGUCUGAAGAUCAAGAAACAGGAGCUGUUAAACAACACAGAUGUGACCAUUCCAGACCGGCCUUUAUCCCCUCCACUCACUGCCCCAGCAACCAUGAAGUCUGCAGAGUUCUUUGAAAUGCUGGAAAAAAUGCAGGCACCAAAACCUGAAGACCAGAGAACUGGAAGCCAGAAAAAUAAGGAAGAUUACAUCCCAUACCCCAGCAUUGAUGAGAUUUUAGAGAAAGGAAGCCCUUAUCCCUUGAUCAUUCUGCCCCAGUUUGGAGGGUACUGGAUUGAAGAUCCGGAAAAUCUCAGCACGCCCACCUCGUCGGAUAGCAGCAUCUCUGAAGAGGAAGAGGAAAACCUUAGCCCUAGCACGUAUGGGUAUAAAUUAGAAUGCAAAGGUGAAGCCAGGGCAUACAGAAAACACUUUCUAGGGAAGGAUCAUUUAAAUUUUUAUUGUACAGCCAGCAGCCUAGGAAAUCUGAUCCUUUCUAUUAAGUGUGAAGAGGCAGAUGGUACUGAAUAUUUACGGAUUAUACUCAGGUCCAAACUGAAAACAUUACAUGAAAGAAUCCCCCUGGCAGGACUUAGCAAGUUUCCUAGUAUCCCACAGAUUGCAAAGGCUUUCUGUGACGAUGCCUCUGGACUGAAAUUUAACCCAGUCCUGUACCCCAAGGCAUCCCAGAUGAUAGUGUCUUAUGAUGAGCAUGAGGUUAAUAACACAUUUAAAUUUGGUGUGAUUUAUCAAAAGUUUAAACAGACUUUAGAGGAAGAAUUGUUUGGGAAUAAUGAAGAGAGCCCUGCUUUCACGAACUUCUUGAGUUUGCUAGGGGAAACCAUAACACUCCAGGAUUUCAAAGGUUUCCGAGGGGGCCUGGAUGUAAUGCAUGGUCAGACUGGUACCGAGUCUGUGUACACUGUAUUCAGGGACAGAGAGAUUAUGUUUCAUGUCUCCACAAAGUUGCCUUUUACUGAAGGAGAUGCACAACAGCUCCAGAGAAAGAGACACAUUGGUAACGACAUAGUGGCAAUUAUCUUUCAAGAAGAAAACACUCCAUUUGUCCCAGAUAUGAUUGCCUCAAAUUUCCUGCAUGCAUACAUUGUUGUGCAAGUGGAGAGCCCUGAAACAGACAAUGAAUCUUACAAGGUGUCGGUCACUGCCCGGGAAGAUGUCCCUUCGUUUGGUCCAUCUCUGCCAAGCCCACCAGUAUUUCAAAAAAACACAGAGUUCAGGGAGUUCCUGCUCACCAAACUCAUCAAUGCUGAAAAUGCUUGCUGCAAAUCUGACAAGUUUGCAAAGCUGGAGGACCGGACACGAGCUGCAUUGCUGGACAAUCUCCAUGAUGAGCUCCAUACACACACACAGGCAAUGCUAGGGCUGGGGCCAGAGGAAGAUAAGCUUGAGAAUGGAGGUCAUGGAGGUUUCUUGGAAUCAUUUAAGAGAGCCAUUCGAGUCCGCAGCCAUUCAAUGGAAACCAUGGUGGGGAGUCAGAAGAAACAUCACAGUGGAGGGAUCCCAGGGAGCCUGAGUGGAGGAAUCACCCACAACAGCGGUGACGUAACAAAGACCACCUUCUCGCCUCCUGUAGCCGCAGCAACAGCCAAGAACCAGUCAAGGAGUCCUAUUAAGCGACGGUCGGGGUUGUUCCCCCGCCUGCACACUGGAUCAGAAAGCCAAUCAGAAAGCAGGACGAGAUGUGACAGUGUCUCAGGAACACAGAAGACACCAGACGGGGGACAUUCUUCUCAGGACAUGAAAUCAGAAACCUCAUCUAACCCUAGCUCUCCUGAAAUAUGCCCCAACAAAGAAAGGCCAUUUAUUAAAUUGAAAGAGAAUGGAAGAUCAAAUAUCUCACGCUCUUCAUCAAGUACCAGCAGCUUCGGCAGCACGGCAGGGGAGAGCGAAACCUUGGAAGAAUACGACAGCGUGGGCAGCCAGCCAUCCACAGCCUCGCCUUUCAAACAGGACGUGUUUUUCUACGGCUCUUCUCCCAGCAAUGAGAAUUCGAGCAUGGCAGCUGCUGCUACACCGGUGAUCAUGAGCAGGAGUCCCACAGAUAUAAAGAGCAGAAACUCUCCGAGGUCCAAUCUAAAAUUUCGCUUUGAUAAGCUUAGCCAUGCCAGUUCCAGCACGAGUCACUAGCAGGCAACAGACAACAUGAACUUGUAAAAGUUUAUUUCUGUUAUAACAAAGGGAAAAAUUCUUCUCUUCCAACAUCAAAUGGGAAACCGUAUUAGCUACACUAACAGCAACUGCCACGCUGCAUUGUGAGAUCUUCACCUAUUCAGCUGUACCUUUAAGUAAGUCAAGAAGAAACUGCCCUCUUGCAGUAAUUUCUGUAAUUCUAACAAGAACCCAUCUUUUCAGAAUGGUAAGCAAGUUACUCGACUCCCAUUUUGUCUGACAAAACCCAUUCUUGCACUGCAGCAGGAGAUGCAUUUUCUACCAUGUACUUGAAGCAACUUCACCCUCUCGCUUGGUACUCUGAAAUGUGUUAACCUCGUGUGCGCCUUGUAUGUACUGUAGCUAUUUGUCCUAAGAUGAGUGUUGUUCAUCUUGUAUAUCUUUCACUGGAAAAAGACAAUUCAAUAACACAUCCUGUUUCCCAUAGGCUUUUUCAUAUUGCAACUCUGUGUCUAUCACGUUGAGCUAGCAUAGGAUUUUCCUUGUCCAGAAAGUAGCAGAGGGACUGUGGUCGAGUGGAUGUGGCCCCAUGCAUGAACUUGAGCAGUAACUUCUGUGGGCCUCUGUUCCCUUCCUCCUUGGUAGGGUAGGAACUGACUCAUAUGAUGGGUUUGUUCAGUGCCAAGCACAAUAGGACCUCCAGGCACUCCCACACUAGAAAUAAUACUAAUGGAGGCUCUGCUAUUUUACAGUAGAGAAUUUGGCCCUCACUCUUUAGGAGGACAUAUGGUCUGGAGAAUAGCCACUUAGCUUGUAAUUUGCUUGCUGGGGAUAGAUUCCAGCCGUUAAGAAGCAGACUUCUGUUGUUUGUUUGUGUAAACUCGCUUGGCAGGACUGUGUAACCCACCUCCUCAGAGGAAGUUCAUCCCCUUUGCUGUGUAAUGGAUUAGACACAUGCUGUGGGGAGCGGCUGUGCAAAGUCAAAAUAGGGCUGGGAAGAAGGGAACACCCUCCCCCCACCCGUGAAUAGAGAGAGAUGAAUAAGCAAACUCCACCCUCUCAUAACCACAAAACAACGCUCCAGCUACUGUUCUACAUCACCCUGGGGUAAGGCUGAUUUCUGCAAACAGGGCUUGUACGUGAGCAAGGUCCUCCUUUGCAUGGGCAGCAGCGGUGUGGUUCGUAUUUUUAUGGGUGCCAUGAUAGUAUACAAGAGCCUGCAGAAUGACCAACACCACGCUCUUGGGAGACAUCACCAAAGAUUCUGCACGUCACCCAAUUAGUUAAGGAAGUUUGCCAUUAGAAAAGGGACAAAAAAAAUUGGAGAACAGUUUUUUAAGCUGUAUAAAGAUGCAACAGAUUUUCAGUACUGUGAGAAAAGCGUCAGGCCCCCUAUUUUUCCUUCCAUUUUAUGCUUCAUGGAAAGCGAUUUCACUUCCCUCACAUAGCGUCAGUAGUACACGGCCUUGUUAAAGAACAGCACUUAGGUCACCUGCCACCUUUCAAGACUCAAUUGCCAUAGAGAAACUGCCAGGACCUGAGGGUUCCCAUAGAACCAAAUGUAGACGUUUAAUCAAACACCAGGGGUCUAAAUGUCCUGUACCUUUUACUCUAGUGCAAUGUAAGUGUAAAAUGGCAUUAUGUUGGUUGGCUACUUUGCACUGUGUGACUACUGCAAGGCAAGGGAGAGUCAGUCAGUCAGAGCCCAGCUGUUUAAUUAAACAUCUCCAAUAGUACUACAGGAACCCAUUACAUUAAAGAAGAGGCGCUUUCAUUUUAUCAGCAGCUGAAUUGCAGCGAGAGGGGAAGUGCUUUAUAUAAUUUAAACACCUUUUCCCCUGCCCCAGAUGGAGUGACUUCAGCUACUACUGGGGAGUGGGAUUCUGACUACUAAGUAGAUCUCAAAAGCACCCACUGAAUUUUGUGGGCCAGAUCUUCAGCUGGGGUCAGCAGGUGAUGCUCCAGCCUUACACCAUGUGAGAAUUGGACCCCACAUAUCAAAUUUGAGUUUCAUGUGAAUGACUUUUCAGUACCUGACUUGUUCCUCCAAAAAUGGGGGAAAAGACCGUGUAAUUUCUAUCGCAAAGAGUUGCUUAAAGCUUCUUUUAUGGGAAAAUAAUUUACUAUCAUUUCAUAUGUUGUAUGGAAAUACUGGUGGAGCUAAAUGCACUUUGUGGUCCUUUUCCCCUCCCGUGCAUGACAGCUCGUACGUCAUUUCUGGUGGUGGGUACAAGUUACUACUUUGAUUUUGAUAUCAGGAACUCUAAAUACCUCUAUCGAUUUCCAAUGUAGCCAGCUUCCUUUUUUUUGUUCUUAUGGAGGCCCCAUCGAAAGGGAGUCUUUCCACUAGAGGGCUCAGGGAUGAGGCCCAUGCCGUUAGCAUGCUAAAAAGAAUGUUGUCAUUUUGCACAGUGCGAAAAGCAUUUUUUUCCUUAAAUUAAUCCAGCUGAUUCACUAACACUGCCUCAUUAAAUGAGGGGCUUCACUUGCGUGUGGAAAGAAAAUGUUCAUACUUUGGUGCCAGAGGUUAGGGCAUCCAGUUUUACAUUUGAGGCUCUGAAGUGUCCCAAAUGGGUCUCUGGUGUCUAAUUUGUGGCUAUAAGUGCAGAAUUAGGAACCCCGCCAAUCACAAUCAUAAUGUGACAGAGGAAAGUGUAAAAUACAUGUGGGCAUAACAAAUUGAGGAGCCGUAUUUUCAAGCAGCCCACAGCAGGGGGAGUGCUGCCCACAGGCAAAUCCGUCUCAGCUGGUACACUUCAGUGUAGUUCCUUUGGGCUGGUCCACACUAACCCCCCAGUUCGAACUAAGAUACGCAACUUCAGCUACGUGAAUA